UCAUCAUCAAACCUUAACUCUAACACUUCAUCUUCAUAAUCUAACACAAAAAAUACUCUUUAUUUCCCCUUAAUUUGUAAAAUGGCUGCUCAUCAUUGGAACAAGGCUGCAGAGUCUCUCCAAUCUUCCCAUUUCAGUGAAGUUUCUGAAAUGGUUUCACAAUUUUCCAAUGCUAAAAUUGUUGACAUCCAAGGCACUUCCCUUACUGUUGCUCAAGUCACUGCCAUUUCUCGUCGGACUGACGUAAAGGUCCGUCUCGAUGAGGCUGCUGCUCGUCACCGUGUGUCAGAGAGUGCUAAUUGGGUGGCUGAUACCAUCUCUCGUGGCUUGGACAUUUACGGUGUCACUACUGGCUUUGGUGCCACUUCUCAUAGAAGGACUAAUAUGACUUCUGAUCUCCAAACCGAGCUGAUUCGGUUUUUGAACGCUGGGGUUAUCGGAAAAGAACAUCUUCCGACGAGCUAUUCCAAGGCGGCGAUGCUUGUUCGGACGAAUACGUUAAUGCAGGGGUAUUCCGGUAUUCGUUGGGAGAUUCUCGAUUCCAUUUCCAAGCUUAUGAAUGAAAAUUUGAUCCCCAAAUUGCCUUUAAGAGGGACUAUCACUGCUUCAGGUGAUCUCGUGCCACUGUCUUAUAUUGCCGGCUUGUUAACUGGCCGUCAUAAUUCCAAGGUUUUGACACCUGAAGGUGAUGAGAUUAGUGCAUCAGAAGCUUUGAGCAGAGCUGGAAUUUCCACUCCAUUCGAGCUGCAAGCGAAGGAAGGCUUAGCUCUCGUAAACGGAACAGCAGUUGGCUCAGCUGUAGCUGCAACCGUUUGUUUCGAUGCAAAUGUUUUGGUUCUUUUUGCAGAAAUUAUCUCUGCUUUGUUCUGCGAGGUAAUGCACGGCAAACCGGAGUACACAGACCCUCUGACACAUCAGCUAAAGCAUCAUCCUGGCCAGAUGGAAGCAGCUGCUAUCAUGAAACACAUGUUAGAUCAAAGUGAUUACAUGAACAAAGCAAAAAUCCGCCACGAGAAAGACCCGCUCACUAAACCUAAGCAAGAUCGAUAUGCAAUAAGAACUUCUCCACAAUGGCUCGGUCCACAGAUCGAAGUUAUUCGAGCAGCCACUCAUUCCAUUGAGAGAGAGAUCAAUUCUGUGAAUGAUAAUCCAUUGAUUGAUGUUGCUCGCGAUAUUGCUCUCCACGGAGGAAAUUUUCAAGGGACGCCUAUUGGUGUUUCGAUGGACAAUCUGAGGAUUGCUAUUGCAGCCAUCGGAAAGCUGAUGUUUGCUCAGUUUUCUGAACUUGUUUGUGACUACUACAACAAUGGUUUGCCUUCUAAUUUGAGUGGAGGGCCUAAUCCAAGCUUAGACUACGGAUUGAAAGGAGCUGAAAUAGCCAUGGCAUCAUACUGUUCCGAGCUUCAGUACCUGGCGAAUCCCGUAACGACACAUGUUCAAAGCGCGGAACAACACAAUCAGGAUGUGAAUUCUCUAGGCUUGAUUUCAGCAAGAAAAAGCGCCGAAGCCAUAGAAAUCCUGAAGCUGAUGUCUGCAACAUUCAUGGUAGGACUUUGCCAGGCAAUCGAUCUAAGGCAUUUGGAGGAGAACAUGAAGGAAUCUGUGAAACAAGUCGUUCGUCAAGUAGUACGAAAGACCCUUUACAUUUCCGAGGACGGAUCGCUGCUCGAUUCGCGUUUCUGCGAGAAAGAACUCUUACAGGUUCUUGAGCAUCAACCUGUAUUCUCUUAUCUUGAUGACCCAACAAAUCCUUCUUAUACCCUUUUGCCUAAACUGCAAGAAAUACUAGUCAAAACAGCCCUUAAAUCAGAAAAUUCAGAAGAAAACGGCUUCACAAUAUUCAAGAGGAUACCAAUUUUCAUGGAUGAGUUAAAGACAAGAUUAGAUGAAGAUGUGAUAAAAGCAAGAGAAAGAUUUGAUAAUUGUGAAUUUGGAAUAGAAAACAGGAUCAAAAAAUGCAGAAGCUAUCCUAUUUAUGAAUUUGUGAGAAGUGAAGUGGGAACCGAGCUUCUGAGUGGGGCAAAGAAGGUGAGUCCAGGAGAGGACAUUGAGAAAGUUUAUGAGGCUAUUAACGAAGGCAAAUUAGGACAAGUUUUGAUCAAUUGUUUGGUUGACUGGAAACAGGCAUCAUUUUGAUUAAUUUGUAAGAAAGUUUUCAAAGUUUACGAAAUAAAUCUAAAUAUUUGUGUCCAGCUCUGACUUAUUGCUGUGUAUUCUUGCAAUGUAAGCACAUAUGGAUAGUGUUCUGGAUAUGUGUUAUAAUCAAGUAAUCAAUCCACCCAAGAAUUCAAAUUGUU